UAUAACAUCAGUGAGGAGGGGGCGCCCUCUGGUGGAGGAAACGGACUACGUUUUAUUAAGUCAAUUUAUAAUUAUUAAGAACAGCACACUGAACUAAAGCCUGAACACUCUGCUGAUGCGACACAGGGUACUUCUCACUUCUUUUGUCAUUUCCUCGCUCCACGGUCUCACCUGAAGUUAAUUUGUGUGUGUAAAUGAAACGGGGACAUAGCUGGCUGCUGUCAAACGAUCCAGCUGUACCGGUGUCAUCACAAACGGACGUUGUUCACGUGAGGCUCCUAGGAAAGGACUUCCCAUUGCUCUUAAAAAUCAUUUCCUUGCUUCCUCUCUCUCCGUGCAUCCCUGGUGGGAGGGACUAAUUUGCAAGGAAGAGGGAUGCAGGAUGCAAGUUAAGAGAAGAGAGAAGUACCCACAAUAACUGACCAAUUAGGGAUCAAUUAAGAAUCUAUCGAUCAUCUAAACAAUGACGUAAUGACGUAAAUCCAACGUCCUCUCCACGUGAUGACGCAGUCACGUUGUGUUUCUGCAGCUUCUGAAGGAAAUGUGAUUUUAAAUCUGAGUUUACUCACUUUUUACUGAAACAGACAGAAAGACUUUACCCUACUUGAACCUGCGGACUCCUAUACAACACUUAACAUCAACAACGACAACAAAAAGUCCACCACCAACAACAACAGGAGCAGCAUGGCGUCUCCGUUUAAAAUCCCGAAGAAGAAACAUCUGUCGGGCUCUGACUCCGCCCCUUUGUACAAGUCACCACUGUCCCGCCUCCAAUGCCCCGCCCCCCAUCUUAAGGGCUAUGGGGAUCAGUCCAGAGGCAGAGCAGACCUAGGGAACUCCUCCACCCCCACACAGAGAGACCCUCUGUUCAGGGACUCGGUGAAGACCCUGCUGGGACUCAACUCAGGAGCCAAUCACAGAGGAGCAGCAGCUGCCAAUCACAGAGGAGGCGGGAGCAGCCAAUCACAGCCUGCCUCGUCCUUGCUGUCCAACGGCAGGUGGCGUCCUAAGAGAGCGUCAGACCGCCUGCUGUCUCCACCACAGAAGAAUAACUGCGAGCUGUUGGGUUCCCUGUCAGAGAGCAUCUCAGUGGAGGCCGCUGACUCUCUGGCCGAGCUGAGAGGUGUCGGGCAUGCUGGGAGUUGGAGUUCUCUGAGACUGAGCGAGGAGGACGCAUUUCAGAGCGACACAGGAAGUUCCCCCGAGCCGUCCAAUCAGCAGCAGAAGAAAAGGAGCUCGUCCCCCUCCUCAGGAGACGACUUGCUGCCACCCCCCAGAUCCACCCCCCCCCCGAUGUCAUCGAGACAGACGCCCCACAAGAGGCCGAGGCUGGACCUGGGGGCGUGGCUAACCAGGAACACCGUGGCCGACCUGAGGGGGAGGCAGAAGAACACAGAACCCAUCGUGCUGUCCAGUGAGGAGGAGGAGGAAGAGGAGGAGGAGCAGCAGCAGCAGCAGCAGCAGCAGCAGCAGCAGGAGCAGCAGGAGCAGCAGGAGCAGCAGCAGGAGCAGCAGGAGCAGCAGCAGCAGAGGGGGCACUACAGAUCUCUCAGAUUAGUGUCAGAGUUUGGAGCGUCCCCUCUGUCCUUCCUGCAGCUGCGCUUCUCCUCACUGCACGCCGGCCUCACGACUGCUCAGGCUAACGGGGAGCUGAUGGUCACGGAGCACGGGAUCAGUAUCCCUCUGAAAGGAGAAUCAGAGGAGGGGUCUGAGCAGGUGGAGGUGUCGGUCGUCGCCUCCCAGCUGCGGGGGUACGGCCUGUGGGACGGGGGCUUGGCUCAGGGAGGCUCUCUAUUGGCUGAGAGGAUGGGCCCCGCCCCCUCACUGCUGUUCCUCUGGGUGACUGAUGCUCAGGCCAGCCUAUUGGAGAGGGAGCUGUCAAUCAUCACCACCUCAUCAGGGACCAAAACGUCAUGGGUCAACCACAUGGUGCCAAAUAAAGGGUCCAGUAGAGCAGCCUUUAGGUAUAGAGGGUCAGAAAAGGGCACUGACUGCAUGUCACAUGAUUCUUGUACCAUCCGGACAUUCACAAAGACCCCCCUGAACCGUCUUUGGACUGAUGUUUGUAGGCUACAGAUCAAACCCCCCAUUCGGAAAUGGCGGAUGAAAUUUGACGUGGUGCUGGAUGUGUCGGAUAUGUUUGCGCUGCACACCUUGCACACGGCGAAUCGCCCUGUUUGCUGCUUUGUUCUCCUGGUCCUGGAGGAUCAGCUGCAGGAGCUUCAAGCCACCCUGCUUGCCUCCAUCCUGGACAUGAAGGAAUACCAGAGGAACUGCUCCUCCUCCCCGCUGGAGUGGACCAACGGGCUGCUACUGCUCCACAGCGCCCCGCCCCCUCUGGACCGACACCUCCUCGGGCUGCUGGGGCACUCGGGGAAAAACCACCUGAAGAAUUCCAACCUGACCCCCCCAGGCCUGCUGCUCCCCACCAGGCUGAUCCAGUACCCGCCCCCGCCCUCUAAAGGCCGGAUCUCGGUGACGAAGGAGGACCUGGCCUGCCUGCGGGACGCAGAGUUCCUGAACGACGUCAUCAUUGACUUCUACCUCAAGUACCUGCUCCUGGAGGGAGGGGGCUCAGCAUGUGAUAGGAGCCAUGUGUUCAGCAGCUUCUUCUACAAACAGCUGAGCAGACGGAGGGUGGCAGGGGAGGAGGACGCAUUCAUCAUAGACCGGGACACGAGGCAUCAGCGGGUGAAGACCUGGACGAGACACGUCGACAUUUUCUCCAAAGACUUCCUGUUUGUGCCUGUCAAUCAAGAAGCUCACUGGUUCCUGGUGGUGGUCUGUUUCCCCGGCCUGGAGAAGCCUCAGCACCAGGAGUUCACCUGUCCGGCAGCUGCAGGCAAACCGUCAUCCGUCAGCCUGGGGCCACAGUCUGAAACACCGGAGUGCACGGAGCAGCGCUGGCGGAGGGACACGGUGUUGAAGCAGCCGUGCAUCUUGGUGAUGGACUCCCUGAAGCUGUCACACCACGAGACCGUCUGCCGGCUGAUCAGAGACUACCUGCAGGUGGAAUGGGGAGUGAGGCGGGGGACAGCGCGAGUGUUUUCGGGGGAGUCGAUCAGGAGCAGCAGCUGCAGAGUUCCUCAGCAAAACAACUGCAGCGACUGUGGACUCUACCUGCUGCAGUACACCGAGAGCUUCCUGCAGAACCCGGUGGUGAACUUCGACUUGCCACUGCGAUUGGAGAACUGGUUUCCGCGGCAACGUGUGCGUCAGAAGCGCGAGGAGAUCCGCGGCCUGAUCCUGGAUCUGCACCGCGCGCAGAAAUACACAUAAUAUUUAAUAAUCAUAAUUUAUAUUUUUAUACUUCAGUGAUUUUACUGUAGUCGAAUCUGCUUCAUUUAAAACUAUUAUUUCUGUUCCUGUAAAUCAACUCUGGUAGUGAGGCUUGUAUUUAGGUAAUGUCUUCAAUUUGUGUUAAAAUAAAAGUCGUUUGUUUCUUAUUUAUAACAACUGUUGUUUAUAAAGUGUAAAUACGUUUCUACCUCGUCCGCCCUAAUGCUGUAAAAUAAACUCUAUUUAUUGA